UCCCUGCAGCCCUCAAGUUUACUCAUGGGAAGGCCUAAAUUGUACUUAUUAUGAAAAUGGCCAGCAGCCAAGAAUAACAUCCUUGAACUUGUCUUCAAGUGGAUUAACAGGGGGAGAUAUCUCCAAGUAUAUCCAAUCUCACCAUGAUACAAACUUUGGAUUUAUCGAACAAUAAAUUAAAGGGAUCAAUUCCAGAAUUUCUGUCUCACCUGCCAAAGUUAACCAUCUUAAAGUUGGACAAAAACAAGCUCACAGGUUCUGUUCCGAAAGGACUCAUUCAAAGAAGGAAGGAUGGGUUUCUAUCAUUCAGUUUCUGCGAAAAUCCAAAUCAAUCCGAACAAGUCCCUUGCGAACUAAAGAAGAAACACCGUACCAAUAUUCACCUAGCGGUGUAUAUCCUUGGAUUCUUCAUUCUCUUAUCAACAAUAUUAGCUGUUUUAUGGGUGGUCUUUAAAAGGAAAAGACAACAUGAGAUAAAGAAGAAUUUCUACAAAAAUGAAUUUUUGGAGUCACAAGGUCAACGGUUUACAUACUCAGAGAUUGUGAAGAUUACCAAUAAUUUUGCAUCAAUAAUCGGAAGAGGCGGUUUUGGAAAAGUAUACCUUGGUGCUCUGAAAAAUGAGACUCAAGUUGCCGUGAAGUUACUCGGUUCAUCAAGGCAAGGCUCAAAUGAAUUUCGAAAUGAGGUUAUACUUUUAAUGAGUGCUCAUCAUAGAAACUUGGUUUCUCUCAUUGGUUACUGCGAUGAAGGUGACACAAUGGCCCUUGUUUAUGACUACGUAGCCAAUGGAAACUUGGAACAACAUAUUUCAUCUGAUGUAGGUAAAAACGUUUUGACUUGGAAAGAGAGGCUUCAAAUUGCAGUAGAUGCCGCACGAGGACUGGAAUAUUUACACAAUGGUUGCAAGCCACCUAUUGUGCAUAGAGAUCUAAAGACAUCCAAUAUCUUAUUGAAUGAAAAGUUGCAAGCUAAGAUAGCUGACUUUGGUCUUUCUAAAGGUCUUGCAACUGAAAGUGCCACUCAUGUAUCAACCGCGGCCAAAGGAACAUUUGGAUACCUGGAUCCUGAGUAAGUUUUAAUAAUGCUAAUAGCUAGAGUUCUCGUAGAAA